AGGAUGUGUCGCGGCUCUCGCUGGCUGACCGCCUCGAGAAGGACAUUGAGCCCCCGCCCAGCGCCUGCGUCACGCCCACCUCGGACUCCAGCGCCCCAUGCAAGGUGUUCCGGAAUUCCUUCCUGCCGCGCACAUACAGCCACAGGCCGAAAUCAAGCGACCGCCGGCAGAGAGGAGUCUUCUCCUGGACGUUUGAAGAGUACCACCUUCUUGAAGCACAGAGCACAGACAGCGCUGGAAACUGGACUACUACAGUUUGAGCAGAGUCCAACAUCUGUGUAUCUGCACCAGAAUCAAGUGUCCAGGGAGGAAAUGAUACGUCUGCAGAGAUGUGCCAGGAGGAGGGACUCUUGGAACAGGCCUUCACACAACAGGGAUUGGGGUGGGGGUGGGGGGACCUUAUAGCAGCAGG